GACGGCAGGAGCAGAGCAAUGCCUAAAUCAAAGGAACUUGUUUCUUCAAGCUCACCAGGCAGUGAUUCUGACAGUGAGGUUGAAAAAAAGUUAAAGAGGAAAAAGCAAGUGGUUCCAGAAAAGCCUGUGAAGAAGCAAAAGCCUGGUGAGACUUCUAGAGCCUUGGCAUCUUCUAAGCAGAGUAGCAGCAGCAGAAAUGAUAACAUGUUUCAGAUUGGGAAGAUGAGAUACAUCUGUGUUCCGGACUUUAGAGGAAAAAUUCUAAUUGAAAUUAGAGAAUAUUGGAUGGACUUAGAAGGUGAAAUGAAACCAGGGAAAAAAGAUAUUUCUUUAAACAUGGAGCAAUGGAGCCAGCUGAAGGAACAGAUUUCUGACAUAGAUGAUGCAGUAAGAAAGCUGUAAAAUCUGAGCCAUAUCAAA